AUUAUAAUAUUUUUAUAUGAUACAGUCAAAAUGGAAUCAGACCUACCUAGUUGUAUUCAUGCCAAAUUGAAAUCAGACAAUGGUGAAGACACUGGAAGUCCAUUGGAUUUACCCAUAAACAUAACAAGAGACCAAUUACAACUUAUAUGCAAUGCUCUCCUACAAGAAGAAGACAAAUCUUUUUUAUUUUUUGUAAAAGAUGUUGAAAUUACAUCCACUCUGAAGGAUGCACUGGACAUUAAAUCUUUGAAUUCUGAAGAAAUUGUGGAAAUAGUAUAUCAACAGCAAGCUGUGUUUAGAGUGCGACCAGUCACAAGAUGCACAAGUUCCAUACCUGGGCAUGCAGAAGCAGUAAUAUCAACCAGCUUCAGUCCAUCUGGGAAACACUUGGCCAGUGGCUCCGGAGAUACAACUGUUCGAUUUUGGGAUUUAAAUACACAGACACCAUUGCAUGUCUGUAAAGGUCACAAUAAUUGGGUGUUGUGUAUAAGCUGGGCUCCAGAUGGAUUAAAACUGGCAUCAGCAUGCAAACAAGGAAGAAUCAUAAUUUGGGACCCAAAUACUGGUUGUCAACUGGGAAAGACAAUGAUUGGACACAAACAGUGGAUCACGGCUUUAGCAUGGGAACCAUACCACAGAAAUCCAGACUGUCGUAAAUUAGCCAGUUCUUCAAAAGAUGGUGAUGUACGAAUAUGGGAUACUGUGACAGGUAUUACAAUUCUCAGUUUAACGGGCCAUUCAAAAGCGGUGACUUCUGUCAAAUGGGGAGGUAGUGGGCUCAUAUACACCUCCUCACAAGAUAGAACAAUUAAGGUUUGGAGAGCUGAAGAUGGAAUUUUGUGCAGAUCUUUGGAGGGACAUGCACAUUGGGUGAAUACAUUAGCAUUAAGCACAGAUUACAUUUUGCGUACUGGUCCUUUUCAUCCAAUUACUGACAAGCAUGGAAUAAUCAAUAAUGAUAAAGAUGUACUGAAGAAACAAGCAUUAGAGAGAUAUGAGUCAGUCUGUUACCAAGGAGCUGAACAAUUAGUGUCGGGUUCAGAUGAUUUUACUCUCUUUUUAUGGCUACCUGAGAAAGAAAAACGACCUGUAGCAAGGCUGACAGGUCAUCAGCAACUUGUUAAUGAUGUUAAAUUUUCACCAGACACCAGGUUAAUAGCAUCAGCGUCAUUUGAUAAAUCAGUGAAACUGUGGGCUGCAACUACUGGUAAAUUCAUAACAACGCUCAGGGGUCAUGUGCAAGCUGUUUACAUGGUUGCAUGGUCUGCGGACUCUAGACUGCUACUAACUUCGAGUGCAGACUCAACUCUUAAAGUUUGGAACAUGAAAAAUAAGAAAUUAGAAUUAGAUUUGCCUGGACAUGCAGAUGAAGUUUAUUCUGUUGAUUGGUCACCUGAUGGUGCAUAUGUAGCCUCAGGAGGAAAAGAUAAAGUUUUAAAAUUGUGGCAACAUUAAACUGGGAUGAAAUUACAAAUUUACUGUUUAUGUAAAAUAAAAAACUAUUACAAUAUAAUAUACAAAUAAGCCAGUAAUGCAAUAUUAU